UUACGAAUUCCGGUGGCAAAUUCUUUCGUCUAUUUUAUCGUUUCUUUUUAUCCAGUUUUUUUCAAGUGCUUUCUCGCCGCUGCCUGCUGCCUCUUGUUCGACAGCUCUGAAGAGAGUGUUAUCACUGUUUCAAUGAUUCCUAAGCACUGUUGCUUAAUUAAUCUGAUUUGAGUCUGCUUUACCAAACACUGAAAGUCGAGAGAGUAAACUCUGCCCUCUGCCCUCUUUCCUUUUUGCUGGGCAGGACAAUUUGAUGGACUUAAACAGAGAAGAAGUACGCUUUGUAAACAGGCGAAUUUUGCCAUCUCAUGUUGCGAAGUACAAAUUUCUGUUUCACGACUCCUUACCAAACGGCGGCGUGUUGAGCAAGUACCAGAAUGGGGGUAGCAAGACGAGCGUGGACGAGCCGUUCCCGUACAAACUGAGCGAGCAGCCGAGCGUGUUCUUCGUCAAGAACGCCAGCAGCGCCAUGUUCGAGGGCGGCGGCGACGCCGACGACUACGGAGGCAACUACGGCGGCAACUACAACAACGACAACUACGGCGGCAACUACGGCGGCGACUCCAACGCCACGGCCAACUCCAACAGCAACAGCUACGGCGGCGGCGGGUUCUUCUCGAGCCAAGAGCAGGAGCGGGACUCGCGGACGAGCCGACUCGCCGAUGUCGAGACCUACACCUACUCGGACUACUCGUCGGCCACGCUGCCCCUCAACGGACGCAGCACGCAGAGCACGCCCGAGGCCCCGGUCAUCGUCGAGCAGCCCCGCGCCGAGUCCGAGCCUCCGAGGGAUGAUAUUCACCCCUCGACGCCUAGCCCUCCAGAGGGCGGCCCCAACACCAAUCCGUAUCUUGAGAGUGAUCUUGCCAUUCAUCAUUCCGAAGAUUCACCCAUAGAAGAUAAAAUUACAACUUUUGAUGCAGAGUGUGGGUGUCCAGAGAUUCUCAACGCGGACUCUCUGAACAAUCGAGACAACGAUAACAAUGAUGGAUCAGCAUUCCAUGAACUUUCUGCACUGAAUCAAUAUGCUGCUGAAAAACAAACUUCCAGCGCUGAUGCAAAAGAAGAUAGCUGUGGAAUGGACUGUCUCUACUUUACACUCCAAUGCUGUGAAUGCGCAAUUCUCUGACAUUGUAAAUGGCAUGGACGUUUUGUAUAUUUCUGUAAAUAUGUACAUAAUUAUAUUUUUAAUAAAUAUUUUUUAGAAAAUGA